AUGCUGCUCAGGGGACAGGACGUGCAUCACUUCCGUUUCCGUGCUCGCACAGCGAGCCUAUGUCGAGGCCCUGGCAACAUCCCACGGCCUCGCCGCCCCGCUCCGCUGGCCAUCGCCGCCGUCCCAGCCCUCCGCGGCGCGCGGGGCAGCCGCGCGCUGCGCCGCGUGCGGGACGCGGCGGGCGAGGUGUACGCGCGCGCCUGGUACCCUUUGUGCUUCACUGCCGUCACAGAUCAAGGGAAGCCACAUCACCUGGAUCUGUGCGGUGUCGCUGUGGUCUUCUGGCACGACGGCGAAGCUUGGCGUGCGGCCCGGGAUGCCUGCCCUCACCGGGGCGUUCGACUCUCGGAGGGCCGAUUGAACGAGCGGAGCCUGCAGUGCCCAUACCAUGGCUGGGCCUUUGAUGGCGCAGGCCGAUGCGUGAGCAUCCCACAGGCGGAGAAGGAGAAGGCGAGCUCCGCUCGGAAAGGGGCUUGCCUGCGCAUGCUCCCCACAGAGGAGCGGCAGGGCCUCCUCUUCGCCUGGGCCGCGCCUUUGUACGGCGAUGCCGCGCCGCCAGAUCUUGGCCUUCUGGAGGAGUUGGCGCACGAGGAGAUCUUGGGUACCGAGGGGGUCAAGUACGUGGACUACUCCAGAGAUUUGCCCAUGGAUUUGCCCAUCCUCAUGGAGAACGUCCUGGACCCGGCCCACCUGCCCUUUACGCACCACGGCACCAUCAGCCAGCGGGAGCGCGCCAGCUCGGUGCCCAUCCAGACGACGUCCAGCUUCAACGGCUUCACUGGCGAGAGGUCGACGUCGCCGGGCGGGGGCUUGGCCUUCUUUGCGCCCAACCACGUCUGGGCCUUGACGCAGCGCCCGGAGAGCUUUCGGGAUUGGAACCUCGUCUAUGGCACGCCGCUGGCGGAGGACAGCUGCCGGGUCUUUGUGCGGGUGGUCUUCGAGGUGUCAAAAGUUCCGAUGCCUUUGCGGCUGGUCUUCCAGUACGCCUUCUCCGAUCAACUACCAGCCUUCUUCACGCACCUCUCCAACCAUCGCGUGCUGGAGGAUGACAACGUUUUCCUGCAUUACCAGGGCAAAUCAAUGAAAUCGGAGGAGCUUCCCACUUACACGCCAAGCACCUCAGACGCGGCAGUGCUGGCCUAUCGCGACUGGCUACGCCGCAACGGAACCUGUGUCCGCGCGGGCAGUGGAACAGUCCCAGGUGGGAUGCUGACGCGUGCGCAGCUUGUGGAGAGGCUGAGGUCGCACACGGAGCACUGCGCCAGCUGCUCCCAGGCUUUAGCUUUGGCGCGCGGGGCGCAGGCUCCGGCGGAGGCGGCGGUGCUGCUGGGGCUGCUCGGCGCCGCGCUGGACGGACACGCGGCUUUCGCCUUCGCCGCCUCGCUGGGCUUCGCGCUGCGCCUGGCAGCGCGAAGCCUCGAGGAGAAGCUCACCGUGGGUGAGUACCCGCCGCCCCGGAACUCGUGA